ACCUCCCAUGAUGAAAUCCCAACCGUUGCCCAGCAUAGUCUCUACACCUGUUGCACUUCAAAAGGAGAAUGUCACACCUGCUGCAUCUCCAAAGCCGACUCCAGCUCCAGCUAAACCCCAGAAGGAGGAGAUCCCAGUACCUGCGGCUGGCCAACAAGAGAUCACUCCACCCACUGUACCUCAGGAGACACCAAUUCCCGCUGGAACCCCAGCACCAAAUGCAGACAAAAAGGAGGAGACCCCACCACUAGGAUCCUCACAAAAUAAACAAGCUUCACCUGCUCUGGCUGAGAAGGAGAAUCAAGAACCUACAAUUGUACAGAAAGCAGAGGAGAAGAAAGCAGCGCAUCCCCAGAAGGCCAAUGUCCCCCCAUCAGUACAUGCCAAAGUGGACAAACCCCCAUCAGCUCCUCCAAAGGGAGCAGCAUCCUCCCAACCAGCACCCAAAGCAGGCCAAUCUACUUGUCCACUCUGCAAGGUUGAACUCAACAAGGGCUCCAAGGACCCUCCCAACUACAACACCUGCACAGAAUGCAAGAACACUGUCUGCAACCUCUGUGGAUUUAACCCCAUGACACAUGAAACAGAGAAGGAAUGGCUGUGUCUGAACUGCCAGACCCAGAGGGCUCUCUCUGGACAACUGGGAGACAUGGGAAAGAUGGCCCAGUCCCAACCCAUCAAGACCCAGGCCCAGCCCACAACACUCCCUGUAGUCGCAACCACCAAGACAGACCCCCAGCCUCCAGCAGCAGUAAGCAGCAAGGCCCAGCCUUUCUCUAAAACACAGCCCCCAUCCCAGGCUGUGCCUCUCACCUCAGUGCCCACUCCGCCUACACCAAUACCUGGCCUUGCACAAAUGGAACCAAAGAUGGAAGUCCCCAAGGCUGAAGCUCCCAUGACUGUCGCCAAGGCUGAGGCUCCUGAGACGGAAGUCCGUAAGGCGGAGACAGAGGCACCAAAAAUGGAGCCUUCUGUGGCAGAGUUUCCUAAGGCUUUGCUGCCUAAACCUGUACCACCUAAAUCUGAACCACCCAAAACUGAUGCUCCAGCAGUAGCUGCUUCAGUUGCCUCUGUCCUAGUGACUGAGGCCAUGACUCCUCCUGCUCCUCUAUCCACCACAGUGGCUACUGCUGUUGCUGUCACUCCAGCCACUGUGGAGGAGAAGCCAGAGGCUGAGACUCAACCAACAGAGCUACCUAAACUAGCAGAGGAGAAGGUUGAGAAGCAACCGAAACAACAGGAACCACUUUAUGUUGCUCCACAACCAGUCCAAACUGAUACUAUCAAGGAAGUGGCCACUCCAUUGGUUGAAAAGAUGGAUGAUGUCCUUCCUGAACCUCAGCAGAUACUCACUGAGAAGGAGACGGUGAAGGUGAAGGAGAAGGAGCCAACUGCAGCCUCCCUCCUAGCAGACCAGGUAGUAGCUGAGGUACCAUCCAGCCCAGCCAGUUCAUUUGAAGCUGACAUCAAGCCUGAGGACUAUAGUGACAAGUCCCAGGAUGGACCAGACAUAUUUCCCAUCUCACAGGGCUCCUAUACCUCAGAGGGGGAGCUGGAUGAGUUGCAGACAGUCAGGGAUGUCCCUAUCAUGGACACAACCCCUGACACAGCCAUACCUGCCAAGGAGGAGGGGAAUGGGUCAAAGAGGCUUCUGAGUUAUGUGCCGAUGGAGGAGAGCAGCGGGAGCGAACCCUCUCCCUCGCCCAAGCUCCAGAGACGGAGGUUAAGUGCAAUAGCAGUCAGCACGGCAGCCUCAUCCAGCAGCGAGGACUACAAAGAUGACAGCCCUACAGACAGCCCUCCAGACAGCCCAGACUCAUUCGUGAAUGAGGAGGAGUUAAUACGCAGGCAGAUAAUGGGGAUGAUGGGAGAAGAGAUGUCUCUCUCAGAGGAGGAGGAAAAAGAAGAGAAAGAGGUCAGAGUGGAGGAGACCAUGGAUGCUGUGGUGGAUAACACAUCAUGUAAAUCCAAGCCUCUGUUAAAAAAAGGCAGUAUAGAUGAUGAAGACAGCCCAGCCAGGAUACAUUCUCUCCCAGGGUCUGAGCCUAAAUCUAUUGUAGAGAGUGCUGAACUCCAUGAGCAAAUCACUGUGUAUAAGAAAGCCAUGCCCAUGACGCCGCAGAGAACAAAGAGCAUGGACGAUGGGGAUUCAGAGGUGGAGAGCAUAACAUAUUCUCUGGAGGACAGGUCCAAAGGUGAGGGGUCAUCCAGCGUCCAAGUGUCCAGCUUCACCCCUGGAACCUCCCCCACCUCAGCCUCUUCUCUGGAGGAGGACAGCGACAGCAGCCCCAGCCACAAGAGGAGUGGGGAGGGGAAACAGCCCCGCAAGGCCAAGCACAGGCAUACCGGCCAGCCAUUCCCCACCAUCGAGGACUCGUCAGAGGAGGAGGAGCUCAGGGAGGAGGAGGAUCACCCCAGGGAGCAGGAGAAACCGAAGGAUUCGGACCAGCAGCAGGGGAAGAGGAUCUCCAAGAAGUCCAAAAGGGAUAAAGAUGAUCUCCGAGCUCAGAGGAGAAGGAAUCUCCCUCUAACCUCACCCUGUAACCUGUCUUCCAUUGAAGACGCCUCUCCCACUGAGGAGGCAAGGCAGGCUAGGGAGAUGGAAGCGCUUCACAGGACAUCAGUCUCUGACUAUUUUCCUAGCAUGGAGUCUGAUUCAGACGCCUUUCACACAGAGACCAGGAUAGUUGUCCCUGAAGGACAGAAGUUCAGUACUGCAAAGCCACUAAAGAGUGCAGAGGAUGAAUAUGAGGAGAUGCUUCAGAUAGCUAGAUCUCCUAAAGGAGAGACGGAGCCAUUCCCUGAGAUAGAGCUACUUUACGAAGGCAUGGCCAUAGAGGACUACCUCUACGAAUCCCUAGUGGAGGAGCCUGAAGCUAAACGUACUUCAGCCCCACUGGAGCAGCCCAGUAAAGACCCCGCUAAAGAGCCAGGGAAGAAAGGUUUGAGGUCUCCUGAAGAGGUGUAUGAGGAGAUGAUGCUGAAGAAGAAGGAACUGAUGUUAAUAGAGCAGGAGUUUCAGAAGGUUCAGUCAGCUAUCAACACUCCUAAUCCUGAGAUACAUGUUACUGCCCCAUCCUCUGCUGCAGCUGAGAGCUGCAAGGUUGGUGAGGCCGAGGGAGAGAAGCCUAUGUUAGAUGCUGGUUCUACCUACGUUAAGAGGAAGAAACGUCCUGCUCCACCACGACCCUCUGAACCUCCUAAACGGCCCGAGGUCUAUGUUGCCAAGCCAACAGUUCCUCAGGAUAUGACUAUGAGGAGGGCUCUUUUCCCCAUACCGGACUUGAAGAUCACUCAGUGUUCCUCUGGAGAGGAUGAGACGGACGAUAGUAUAGUAGAGGAGUAUGGAGUGGGAGUGUCCUCUGAUAUUGCCCCUAGUUAUGAGUCUGAGACUAAAAAAGAGCUAGAGUACACUUCAGUUUCAGAGCAUGCACCAGCAACAGAGGUAGCUGACAUUGAACCCAUCACUGUGGUGUGUGAGGUUUCCCCAGCUAAAGCUACUCCAGCUCCUGUCUUUGCCCCUGAGACAGUUCUAGCACCCAGUACGACCACCACACCUUCACAGGUCUCUCCUGUAUCACCUCCCAUCUCACCAUCGACUCCAGACUCAAGUCUAGCCUCCAACGCUACGUCCUCCUCCUCUUUCCAAGCUCGAAGUCCUCUCUCUUCCGACUCUACUGCAGUGUCUACUCCGACACCAGACUUCGCCAAAGCAGCAGGUCCCUUUGCUGCUCAGCCACCUAUUGAUAUCUCCCCUCCUUCUAUCACUCCCAUUAUGGCUGUUUCUCCAACCACAGUUUUGGUCACAAUACAAGGUCUGGUUACAGAUCCAAUCCAAGCACCAACACCAGCUACAACUACAGCCGAUGCUGCAGCUUCUCCAGCCCAAGCCCCAGCCCCUGCCUCAACCCCUGUCUCAGCACCUGUCUCAGUGGUGGUACAGAUACCUGAUCCAUAUGCAGUCCAAAUACCAGACCUGGUUAGAUCUCCAUCCCAAAUGGCUGCUCAGAUUCUACCUUCUGUGCAGGUCAGAGCACAAACUCCAAUACAAAGCCCAGUACAUUCUCAAGCACAAUCUCCAGUCCCAGCUGCUCCCAGUGCUGUGCCAACUCCAGUCUCUGCUCCAACUCCUGCUGCAGCUCCAGUUGUAGUCCAAAUGCCAGACAUGGUUACCAUCACCUCUCCAGUUUCACCCCAAGCCCCACUACCUGCGUCAGCCCCAGCUCCUGCCCAGGCUACAGUGGUGCAGUCAGUCCCUGUCCAGGCUGCUGCUCCAGCCCCAGUAGUAGUCCCAGCUGCAGGGACACCCCGAAUCCAGAGACAAGCCUCCACCAAAAAAGCCCCACCUCCUCCUCCACCUCGCUCUAUGUCAGUCUCCCUGCCCCAGACCUCAGCAGAGCCUACCUCAAUCAGGGCUGUCCAACAUGUCUCCCCGACCAUGACCACCGCUAUAGCCAUUGGAGCAGGUCUGCCUAGCCAGCCCAUACAGUCUGUGGUGGUGGAUAUACAGCCGCAGGUGGAGCAGGUCAGGCCAAAGGGUGAUGCUGGCCCUCAGGUCAUGAUGACCCCAACCAGACAGGGGCAUGUGGUCAUCAUAGUUCCUAAUGUGGAGAACAUGUCGGUGCUCAGCCAGUCGACCCAAGACCUGGCAUACUCAGUGGCAAUAACUACCACUUCUACUGUUGAUAAAGGCAGUAGUCUGAUGGCAGCAGGGCCUGUGGUUGUGAGUGUUGCUCCUUUCCCUACUGCUCCCUCUGUUCCUGCUGUACCCAGCUCAGACACAUGUAUACCUGUGGCAGAUACACCACCACCUCCCACUCCUCCACCACCUCCUGCCACCUUACCCAAGCCAGCGGUUUAUCCCAAAAAGUCUUCUGUUUCCACCCCACCUUCAGUCCCAACCACAGUAUCAGUCUCAACUGCUGCUGUGACAAUGACACAGGGAACUGUAACAACCACAGGCCCCAGUACAGUACACAAGGCAUCUGCACCCCCUCCCGUCCCUCCCAAGCCUGUGUCCAUUCCUGCAGGGCUGGUGUUCAGCCACCGUCCAGGGGAAAGCAUCAAACCACCAGUGGUUCCCACCGCUAGCCACACUCUUCCCAGGACCAGAGAAGUGGUACCAAACACCAGCAUAGCACAGCCAUUCACAGCCACAACACUGCCCAGGACCAGGGAACCUCCCAAUGCACUGUAUCUGAGUCUGACCACCCCAGUGGAGCCCAAGAUGAGUGCUGCCUCUCCCAGGUCCCCUCUGUCUCCGAGGUAUGCCAAUUGUCUGGAAACGUAUGUGGUGAUAACGCUUCCCUCAGAGCCUGGCACACCCACAGAGGGCAUCACUGUCCAAGCCCCCAUCAGGAGAGGAUCCAUCCCCUUCACUAUGCAGACAUGCCCAAUGUAUAGGACUACACCUUCAGAACAACAGUCACCCAUUACGGCCUUCUCAGCCCAGGCCACUGUCAGGAGAGCGUCAGUUCCCUCAUUGAGGCAGCUGCCACCACCAACAGCAGCAAUAGUACCAGUCGAAGUAGCAGCACCCCUAGAGGGAGUCACUGCAACAGCAAGGCAGCCUUCCAUGCCAUCAGCUAUGCAGCCUGCACACGGUGUGGCUGAGGUGGUGACCAUUUCAGCAGGGUCGGAGAUGCCUAUUCAGGUAUACAGUGUCAGAGCUCCAAUAAAGAAACCGUAUAUACCUCCAACAGCCCAGCCACAACAGAACGUAUCUGAAGUUAGGACAAUGCCAUCAGAGCCACAGGUUCCUGUAGAAGUGUCUGCAGCUCAAGCUUCUGGUAGAAGGGCAUCAAUACAUGAUGUACCUCAGCAGCCACAAUAUGUGGCUGAAGUAAUGGCUCUACCAGCAGAGCAGGUCAUACCUACAGAUGUAGUUUCAACUGAGGCCAUGCCUGGAAGAGCAUCAAUACCAUCAGAAACGCAACAACCACAAACCAUGGGAGAGUUAUUAGCAAUGCCCUUAGAAGCUAUGCCCCCAACCAUCCAUCAGUCAGCAUCACUGACAGAGGUGGUUUCAACUGAGGCCAUCUCUAGAGGAGCAUCAAUACCAUCAGAAAUGCGGCAACCACAAACCAUGGCAGAGGUAGCAGCAAUUCCCUUACAGCAGGAGAUGCCUACUGCAGCUAUUACCAGCCAAAUCCAUGUAGAAGCUACACCCUCAACCAUGCAUCAGUCACCAUCACUGAUUGAAGUGGUUUCAACUGAGGCCAUCUCUAGAAGAAUGACAAUACCAUCAACAAUUGAGCAACCACAAACCAUGGCAGAGGUAGCAGCAAUGCCCUUACAGCAGGAGAUACCUACUGAAGCUAUUGCCAGCCAAGUCCAUGUCGAAGCUACACCCUCAACCAUGCAUCAGUCACCAUCACUGAUAGAAGUGGUUUCAACUGAGGCCAUCUCUAAAAGAGUGACAAUACCAUCAACAAUGGAGCAGCCAAAACCCAUGGCAGAGGUAGGAGCAAUGCCCUUACAGCAGGAGAUACCAUCAAUACCAUCAGCUGCACCGCAACCACAAGCAGUGGCCGAAGUGAUGACGUUGCCUUCAGAGUAUGAAAUGCCUACGGAAGUUAGAACAACUGAGGCCACUACCACUAGAAGGACAUCCAUAUACUCUGUAGCACAACAACCAUACACAGUUGCUGAAGUAACGGCUUACCCAUCAGAAUAUGAAACACCCAUCCAGGUGGUUACAACCGAGGCUAUUUCCACUACAAAAAGAGCGUCUAUAACCAUGCAGAAACCCCUUCGUAUGGCCCAGGUUAUCACGAUGCCUGCAGAGCCAGAUGUAGAGGCAUAUGCUGCCCAAGUCCCAUACAGGAGAGGAUCCAUCCCCUCAGCAGUGCAACCACCACAGGCAGUACCAGAAGUGCUGAUUUAUUCAUCAGCCCAUGAGACCCCCCUGGAAUUCAUUACAACUGAAGCCUACACCAGGAGAAUGUCAGUUCCAUCUAUCCAGGAGAUUCCCGAGACCGUCCCCGUGGCUCCAGUCACCAUCACCAGGAAAUUCCACCAUGAGUCAAUCGAGAGCCAGGAGAUCCAUGGGCCUGAGAAGGUGGUGAACAGCCUGAGCCACAUGUACUCCUCAUCUAUCUCCACCUCAGCCCAGCACCCGGAGAGCCUGCCCAGCCUGGUCACUCAGGUGGUCACCACAGAGGUUCAGAGAACCACGGUGUCUUUGGUCCAUGAGAGGCUGCCCCAGGUUCCUGCAUCCAAUGGAGUGGCCAUCACCAUCCAGCCAGACUUGGUUAAAGUCCAGCCCUUUCCCAAACAGAACGGGAAGAUCUACUCCGGUGAUGCCAUUGACCUCCGCACCAUUAAUGUUGGCGUGAAGAUGACCGAUUCAGGGAUGGACUUGACCCCACAGGAAUCAAGUCGCCAGUCCACCUGUAGCGACUCUAGUGGCCGACAUACAGCAGUGCAGCCAGAGAUAGUGAACUUGAGUGCUGAGAUCACCCCUUCCACCACGCUGUCUGUUGUCACUGAUAGCAUCACUAUUGUCACCUGUUCAGACACCAUUGAGUCCUACGCCAGCGAGCCAGCAGAAAUACCUUUAGAUCUGCAGGGUUAUGUUGCCUCCAUGCCUCUCCCUCUCACCACAUACAAACCAUUCCAGCCUCUGGCACAGAUAGUGUACAGGCGAGUGGACUCUCCGCCUAUCAGCAUCACAGUGUUAGCCACAGACACAGAGACACCAAUAAACCUGUCUUAUGGAGCCUCCAUGGUAAAUAGCAGACUUCCAGUGACCAUGGCCCCCGCUAUCACCAAAGUGGGGGACAUGCUCUCAGAGCCAGCAGGGGCUGUGGAUCUGUCCACCUCUAAACCCCUCAGGGCCAUGGCAGCUCUGUCUGACAAGAGCCCUGGUGUGGUGACCACAGUCAUAGAGGAUGAUGGGACACCCAUAGAUCUGACAGCUGGGAGGAAUGUGUGCUGUGAUGUCAUCUACAAGCUACCCUUCACAGGGAGCUGUAGGACCCAGGCGCCGGUUAUUACCCAACCUGACAACCGCUUCGGUUACAGAGAUGACCACUACCAGUAUGAUCAUGCUGGGUUUUAUGGUAUCAAGGGCCUGAGCGGCAAGGCCAUGUCUGAGACCAACCUGGCUGAUGCAGGACUGUUCCUCUAUGAUGGAAAGACCAGAUAUAACUAUAACGGAGCCUCGGACAGUGCAAUAGACCUGACUGCUGCUAAUAUGUCCGCAGGUGAAGCUCUAGACUACACCAGUAAAGCUGCUGGGGCGUAUACGGGGAUAUCCACUGCUCCAUAUUCCCAGGUCUCUGCUUAUAGUGUCUUUAGAUCCUCAGACGGAAUGGUAUACUCCUCCAUAGCAGCCCCUGUUCCUUCGACAUACCCCAUCACCACUCAGCCAGGUUCCAUCUUCAGCACCACCCUACCUCCUACCACAACCCUCCAGGAGCAGCCAGCACCAGCUCCACACCCCUAUGGCUUUAUUCCCACCAGCGACCCUGGCCAACAGAUCAUCAGCCUGGACACUAGCCUGCCCAAGGACCUGCUGCCCAGUGCUCUGGCUGACAUCAUGACUGGCUUCCCUGACCUGUACUCUGACCAGACACUGGAAGCCAUCGCAGCCUCUCUGGACGCCCUGGCUUCAUCGCCCAUGUUCCCCGGUCUGGAUGACAGCAAGAUCACCCAGUACCAGAUGGAGAGGGAGUUCCUGCAGCUGGAGAAGCUGAAGCAGCUGUGUCUGGCUGAGGAGCUGGAGUGGGAGAGGCAGGAGAUCCAACGCUACCGUGAACAGGAGCAGAUCAUGGUGCAGAGGGAGCUGGAGGAGCUGCAGGCUCUGAAACAGCAGCUGUUAAUGCAACAGGAAGAGGAGCACCAGGCGCAACUUGUAGCCCAGCAAGAGACCUACAACCAGCAGAGGCAACAGUUAGAGCAGAUCCAACAACUCCAGGUGCAGCUACAGCACCAGCUAGAUGAGCAGUACAGUACUACAGGGUCAGACAACCUGCUAGAGAAGCAGUAUACAGGGGUUGGGGAUAACUGCCAAUACUGGCCUGUUAGAGAUGAGUCCACCACCUCAUCCACUGUCACCCAGCUAGAGGGUGGGCAGUAUGUAACCAGUGAGGGUCAGAGAGAGGGUGGAGGUCAGGACCAACUGCAGCUCAGUAGGAAACAACCGGCAGGGUCUAACCAGCCUGGUGACCAGGGGUAUGGUACAGGAGUGGUAGGGAAGAGGAUAGUGGACAGUGGGGUCCAGACAGACGAUGAGGACUCAGUAGACAGGAUGUAUGUAGGGAGGAGGAAGAGGAACUACAGGAAGGGUGUAGACAGCAGUGUUCAGACUGAUGAUGAGGAGGACCAGGAGGUUGAGUGGGACAUGCCAGCCAGGUCGCGGCGGCGCUCCCGCUCCAGUAAGCACAGUGGUGAGGGGAAACACGGUGGCUCUAAGGUCUCCAGCAUUGCCAUUCAGACUAUUGCAGAGAUCUCUGUCCAGACAGACCACUCCGGGAGCAUCAAACGCCCCAGCAUCCAGAUGGACACUAAGGUGGAGAUCAUCAAACACAUCUCAGCCCCAGAGAACUCUCAGAGAGGUGGCAGUCUCAGCUGCCAGACAGACGCAGACCAGAGGCACCCCUCACCGGCAGACAUCACCCCCAAGUCCCCCAAGGUGCUCUACUCCACUGUGUCCACCCUCUCCUCCAGUAAGGCCAUGGAGGGAGGGCAAAACAUGCUGACCACUGACCCGACCAGGUUUUCCUCCAGCCCUAUGAUGCUGAAGCCUGGGCAGAAGUCUAUAUCUGACCAAAAAUCUCUCAGCCAUACCACCGAGGACAGGAUAGGCUACCACUACUCAGACAGCUACUCUGGACAGAGCUCAACGUCAGGCACUGGAAAGAAGGUGAAGAGAACCCUUCCCAACCCACCCCCUGAAGAUGACCCUCUGACCGGCCCAUCAGGUUACAGCACCAACUCAGCCCGCCGCCGGCUUGGCCGUCACACCACCAUGGCCCGGGCCAAGAUCCUGCAGGACAUUGACAAGGAGCUGGAUCUAGUGGAGAGAGAGUCAUCCAAGCUCCGCAGGAAACAGGCCGAGCUAGAUGAGGAGGAGAAGGAGAUUGAUGCCAAGCUGAGGUACCUUGAGAUGGGCAUCAACCGUCGUAAGGAUGCCCUGCUGCAGGAGAGAGAGAAAAGAGAGAGGGCCUACCUGCAGGGUGUGGCUGAGGAGAGAGACUACAUGUCAGACAGUGAGGUCAGCAACAUCAGGGAGACCAGAGGUAGCAAUCACGGCCUGGAGAGACCCAGGACAGCUCCCCAGUCAGAGUUUGACCAGUUCAUCCCCCCUCAGACUGAGGCCGACUCUCAGUACUCCACUCUAACCAGUCCCUACUCCCACUAUGCCCAGUAUGUCCCCCAGACCAAUGCCACCAGCCACUACCCCCAGCAGACCCUGUACCAGCAACAGGCCCUCUACCAGCAGCACCCCUACCAAAGUCAGUCAGUUUACUCCUCUGUACCCAGCCUGUCCUACCCCCAGGCCUCCCACUCCCACCAGCAGGCCCAGUCCUCAGGCUACCAGUCCAAGAACACUACCAACUACGAGGUGAUCCGGAACCAGCCCAUCAUCAUUGUACCCUCCUCCAGCGAGGGUGGGUAUGGGGUGGGAAAGUACAACAGCCUGGAACUGAGGAUGGGUCUGGAGGAGAGGAGAAUGGCCUCCAGCCCCAUGUCUAAUAUAUCUACUGAAUCCUUCUACGCUGACAUCGACCACCACAACGCCAGGAACUAUGUUCUGAUAGAGGACAUAGAGCAGCUGACUAAAGGCUCUGCAGGGCUGGGGUCAGGGUUCAGCCUGACUGACAAGGACCUGUCCAAGGCUGACAGGCUGCUCCGGGUCGCUGAAGCCAGGCGCACUGCAGAGGUCGCUGCGUUCCUGGGUAACUCGCGUCUGCACAGCUACGGUAAAGGAGAUGAGGACUCUAUGGAAGAGCCCUAUGAGCUGAAGCUCCUGAAGCAACAAAUAAAGCAGGAAUUUAGACGAGGGACGGAGGGUCUGGAGCACCUCUCAGGCCUGGGCAUGCCUCAGUACAUCCCCACUGACCCCAACUACAGACACUUCCCUAAGGCUGAGAAGUACAGCAUCAGCCGACUGACCUUGGAGAAACAAGCUGCCAAGCAGCUUCCUGCUGCCGUGCUCUACCAGAAACAGAUCAAGAACCAGAAGAAGGCAACCCUGAUGGACCCCAAGAUAACAAAAUUCUCCCCCAUCCAGGAGAGCAGAGACCUGGAGCCAGACUACAGCAGCUUCCUGGGUUCUGGAGUCUCAUCUGUCACCAACCUGUCCACACGAGCCAGACUGCUUCAGGAUGAGAUCAACUUUGGCCUGAAGAAGAACCUCUCUGAGCAGCAGAAGUACCUGGGCUCCUCUCUGGGAACUAAUCUGGCUGGCUCUCUGAGCCAGUCCCUUAGCCUGGGGGGACCCACCAUGAGGUCCACCCUACAGGAUGACACCACCUACCCCAGCGGUACGAGCUCUCGCCCUUCCUCACGACCCAAUUCCCGCCCCACUUCUGUCUAUGGCCUGGAUCUUUCCAUCAAACGGGACUUGUCUAGCUCUUCUCUCAGGCUGAGGAGCGAGGGAGAAGCCCUGGAUGCAGCGUUCGGCUCCGGACUGGCCAGGACCAAGCCCACCAGCCUGCCCAUCGGGCGAAUCCCCAUCGUGGCUCAGAACUCAGAAGAGGAGAGCCCUCUGAGCCCGGUGGGAGAGCCAAUGGGCAUGGCCAGAGCCUCAGCUGGUCCUCUACCACCUAUCUCAGCUGACUCCAGAGACCAGUUUGGCUCCAGCCAUUCCCUGCCGGAGGUCCAGCAGCACAUGAGGGAGGAGUCCAGGGUUACACGUGGACAUAGUGGGGUCUACGACAGAGACAUAGCCUUCAUCAUGGAUGAUCUGGGGGGAGCGAUGUCUGACAGCGAAGCCCUAAAUGACUCCAUGCUGACACUGAACAGAGAUGAUCCCAGAAUCUUUCAUGAGAGUAUCAGACACGCCGGAGGCCCCAACUGGAACAUAGAAGCAUACCACCUGAGGAGGGAGGACACUGACUGGUUUGACAAGCCUGCAGAGAGACAACAUCGGGUAAACGGACAAGCUCUGGACAGGAGACAGAUGAAGUUGAUUCCCUAUGUGUAUCCUCACAUCCGGAUCAAAGUACAGAGAGACCCCAAGGACAGCAGUGUUUCAGGGAAUGGCCUGGGGAUUCGUGUGGUGGGAGGGAAAGAGAUUCCUGGGAGUCGUGGUGAGAUAGGAGCUUACAUUGCCAAGGUUACGCUCGGGGGAGUGGCUGAACAGACAGGGAAAGUGGUGGAAGGAAUGCAGGUGUUGGAGUGGAACGGGGUUCCUCUGAUGGGGAAGACCUACGAGGAGGUGCAGUGCAUUAUGAGUCAGCCGUGUGCCGAGGCGGAGCUCUGUGUCAGACUUGAUCUGAACAUGCUGUCUGACGCUGAUCACCCCCAGGCCCUGGAGAACCACGCCCAGCUGAAGCCUGGUGACAGGCAGCGCUCUCCAGGAGUGGAUCCUAAGCAACUGGCUGCAGAGCUGCAGAAGGUGUCCCAACAACAGGCCCCUGGAAUGGGGCUGGGUGUGGGGGGGCCAGUAGGGGUCCUUUCUGCCCUGGACCGCUCAGCUCUGUUACACUCAGGCAAUGCAUCGGCCAGCUCUAGUGCCGUCCCCAGCCCCGGCCAGCCUGCCUCCCCAGCCAUCAACAAGAAACAACGCCACAGCACCAAGUCGACAGCAGACGUGCAACUGCUGAAGCCUCAGCCUCGUCCUGUAACAGGGGAAAUACAGCUCCAGAUCCACUACGACAGGAACCUGGGGAACCUGAUAGUGCAUGUCCUCCAGGCCAGGAACCUUGCUCAGAGAGACCCCAAAGAAUACUCUGACCCCUUUGUCAAGGUCUACCUCCUACCAGGGAGAGGACAAGUCAUGGUAGUCCAGAACGCAAGUGCUGAGAACAAGAGGAGGACCAAGUACGUCCAGAGGAGCCUGAACCCAGAGUGGAACCAGACUGUCAUCUACAAGAACAUACACCUGGAACAGCUAAAGAAAAAGACUCUGGAGGUGACAGUGUGGGAUUAUGACAGAUCUUCCUCCAAUGACUUCCUGGGAGAAGUGUUGAUAGACCUGUCUAACACAUCCCAGCUGGACAACACUCCUCGCUGGCUGCCUCUGAAGGAGCAGAGUGAGAGCAUCGAGCACAGCAGAACCCACCACACCGCUCAGGGGCCUGGGGGGCCAGGAGCAGGGACAGGGCCGGGACAGGGGUCCGUUGCGGGGCAAGAACCAGGACAGGGCAUGGGGCCAGGGAUGGGCCAAGGACAGGGGCAGGGACAGAUGGGGGAGUGCCAUGAGUCUCCUAAGAACUCUGUGAUAAAGAGCAGGAGCCACGGGAUCUUCCCUGACCCAGCAAAAGACAUGCAGAUGGUGACUCUAGAGAAAUCCCACAGUAGUCCAGGCAGCUCUAAGUCGUCUUCCGACGGCCAGCUUCGUUCCCAUGGUCCAUCCCGCAGCCAGAGCAAGAGCAGCGUCACGCAAGCCCACCUGGAGGAUGCUGGGAUAGCUAUAGCUGCCGCCGAGGCCGCCGUGCAACAGUCCCGCCUCCAACCAAGACCAGGCCACAGGUUGGGGGAUGUGUCUGGGCCGGUGGUGUCCUCAGCCCCCAGUCUGAUGGAGGGUUAUGGGGGUCUGGAUGGAGACGAGGGGGCUGGCACAGGGGUGGACAGUGCCAUCUUCCAGGUCCCAUGCAUAGGGAAGAUCAUCCCCAACGGUCCUGACAAGUUUAGGGGACUGCCACUCUCGCUCUCAGACAGUGAGGGGGGUGGGGGUAAGACCCAGGUGAUGGGGGAGAUCAAGGUUGCUCUGAAGAAGGAGGUGAAACAAGAGGGAGACCAGCUGAUCCUGGAAGUCCUACAGUGUAGAAACAUCACUUACAAAUUCAAGAGCCCAGACCACCUACCAGAUCUCUAUGUGAAGCUUUAUGUGGUGAACGUGGCAACUCAGAAGAGGAUUAUCAAGAAGAAGACCAGAGUGUGUCGUCACGACAGAGAACCCUCCUUCAACGAGACCUUUAGGUUCAGCCUCAACCCCACCGGACACUCCCUGCAGUUGUUCCUGGUGUCUAACGGGGGUAAGUUUAUGAAGAAGACCCUGAUAGGAGAGGCCUACAUCUGGCUGGACAAGGUGGACAUGAGGAAGAGGGUGGUCAGCUGGCACAAGCUGCUGGUCAGCUCCACACACAACCAGUCAUGAGAGAUCGACUUGAGAGGACACCGAGGGGUCAACCAGAGGUCAGUGAAGAUCAAUGAAUACUCUUGGUCAAUGGCUGUUCUUUGUCAAGACGAGGAGGAGGAGGAGUUGAGUUACACAGUGCCCUUCAUCCCCUCUGUGUUAUUCUGUAUGAAAAGAAAAAAGAGGGGGAGGAGAAGAAGAGAUAAGAGGGAAGGAAGAGGGGUUGCGGGUACGGACAUGCCCAGAAAGAACUGAUUCUCCUGUUCCCUCUCGCACUGCCAUACAUGGACUGUACCCUGAUUCUUAAUUGGACCAAAGACUGUCAGAGACUGUGCCCUGAUUGGAUAGACUGUCAGCACACACACACACACACACACACCGAGGAAUGAAGAAGUCCUCCACUGUAAGAGGACACACACAUCUCACCACCUCUCAGCUCUCUGCUCGACAUGUCGGAUGCAAAACCUGACGUCAAACAGCACUGGGCAGCAAUAUCACAAAGAUAGUUACCAUGAUGGAACUACUCAUUUCUGUUCUGUCUGGAUCUGAUACAGUUGUUUAUGGCUUAUCAGAUCAUUUUCAUUACUGUGAUUGAUCUGUGAAAAUGUCAGUCAGUCAGUCAGUCAGUCAGUGAGUGGGGUUCAAAUUGAUGUAUUUGUUUGUGUGUUUUUGUCCUUGGCUGCUUGAAAAAGUAUGGAAUGUUUGUUGUAAGAUUCUAUUUAUGAUGUGUACAAAAAUUACAGUGCAAUUAUAUGGUUGAUAUGUAAUUAAUGAAACCUGACCAUACCUGAACGCUCAAGUCCAGUAGGUGGCAGUAAUGUACCGUUACAGUUUGUUGCCAACAGCCAUAAAACUCCAACUUGACCUUACCUGGAUAGAUGUACAUGUACAUUCAGAUUUAGAUAGAUAUAUGUCAGAAUAUGAAUCAUAUCAGAGACACAGUGUACAGAGAAAUGUUAUUUAUGACCAUAGAUACAUAUAUUACAGACGAUAUGAGGUGUCUCCUCAUGUACAGUUUAUUCUAAAGACUACAUUCUGUACAGACAAGAGUAUGGAAGGAGCACAGACAAUCCAAUCCCUUUAGCUCUGGUGUUAUGCAGUUAUACUGGGUGUUAUACAGUGGGAAAAUAGGAAAAUGCAGUUCAAAUGGUGAAUGGAGAACUCAUAGCACAACUGAGACAUUAGAGGAAAACUACUACAUGGAUAUCCCUCCUCUUACAGGUGGGGAGAAGAGAACAGAUAGAAGAGGAUGUCAGGUCCCUUCCCUUCAAACUCAUUUCAGUCUGAUAUAUUGUGUUGUGAGAGAGUCCAUUCCAUAUACAGACAGCAGUGUGUAGGAAUCUUCCGCCCCUCCCCUCAUUAUGUCCUGAAUGUUACUCACUGAGGAAGAUCCCAUGGUUUUACUGGACCCAUGAGACUGUUUAUGUUUUUGUGAUGUCUUACGCACAUGUGACUAGAGGCUUAAACAAUAGUUUUGGUUCGAGAGCAAAACCGAGAUUGCUGGCCACCUUGACCAACCUGCCAAUCUGACAGAGGGGUGUGUAGCCUCUCUCUGGUGAGUUGCUUUGCUCCCCUGUUUGGGCUGCUGGGCUGCUCACCUAUUCUAUGUUAAAGCAACAGUUAGACACACCUGUCCUCUGCGUGUGUGACAUCAGUCUGGUUCUGUAAAAAAAAAAUUUUUUUUUAAGUCUGUUUAACAGAACACUCAACAUCUUGCUGUAAACAGUACACUGUAAACAGUACACUGUAAACAGUACACUGUAAACAGUACACUGUAAAUUGUACACUGUGCAGUUAGUGUCAGUGGAUGUAAUGCGACAACACAGUGAACCAGCCUUUGUCACUGCCUCUGAUCAAAGCUCUAAGUCAUUACCUAUGUCCCAGUCAUAACAUGGCAGGACACACUGAUACACACUGAUAUACAGUCCAGGUCUAUGGGCUCAGAACCAUAUGGCGCUACUGUUGUUAGUAUAUUAUUAUUGCCAGUGAUCUAUAUAGUGGAUCAUAGUGAACAACUUCAUCAAGUGACCCUAGAGAGCUAGUACCCUCAACCAUACAGUGUCUGAAGGCAUAUCACUGAGCAACUAGGGAGGACAGAUGCAAUUUCCUAAUAAAUUAAGUCCAUAUCAGAGCCUCGAAAUUCAGACACUGAGUCAAGAUGUCACACAUGUUCAUAAGACAAAAAAACGUGAUUUUAAAGAGGGUUAGUUUUACAGAAAAUGAUAUUGUAGUGCCAACCUUGUUUUGUAUGCAAACCCAUUGGUUGUGUUGAAGUCAUUCUAUGCAACCUUGUGUUUGAAUGCAUUUUCUAACAUGUAAUAUCAGUGAACAUUGUGUCUGAAAAUAUGUAUCUUAUGAAUAGAAUUUUAAUUUAUUUUGGUUUAUAUAUUAUUGAAGAAAAGGAUAAAAAAAAUAGAGAGAGAUUUUUUGACUACUUAACAGCUGUUAUCAUGUACAUGAAGCUUGUGCACUUUAGUAUUACAUCGGUGAUUGAUUUCAUUGUCCUGUGUAACGUGUCAUGACAUGCAAGUUUAAGUAUCUGUUCCAGUUAGUGUCUCCAUGUUGAGAUGAUGUUGAGUCAUGUUAUCUGUGCUGUAGGAAGAAGUUCAGACACCACUCUUUGAUUUCCAAGGCAAUAGAAAAACAAAAAACAACAUUCACAGACAAUUUAAUGUACAUAUUGCUUCACAAUGCACAAAUCUAAGGAGACAUCAAUCUGUAUGUUUGAUACAACCACCAACACAUGUAUGUAUAAAUCAAUGAUGAUGAGCCUGAGGAAAAAUAAUGAGAGGUUAUUUUCAAUGCCCAACUCCAGGACUGUCCAACAACCCUUAAUGGUCUCCUUAGAUUUCCCUUAGCUAGAUAGUUAAUAUAUAUUGUUCCUAAGUCCGUUGCUAGUAACCGUGAAACCAAUCAAACGUGUAUCUGUUGGGUGUGAAUGUGGCAUACUCAUCUGAUCUGUGUAAAUACAAAGUGUUUUUAUUUUCUACAGAGAUUGAUGAAUCAUAUUGUCUGAGGUUCGAGCAUGUGAGUGUAAAAACAAAAAAAGACAAAAAACUCAAACCUGUCUGUCUGUCUGUCUGUCUGUCUGUCUGUCUGUCUGUCUGUCUGUCUGUCUGUCUGUCUGUCUGUCUGUCUGUCUGUCUGUCUGUCUGUCUGUCUGUCUGUCUGUCUGUCUGUCUCUAGUGGUGUGUGUGAGGUACUUAUGUGAUCAGACUGUGUUGUCAACCCAUGGGUGUCUGACUGUACAACCAUGUCGCAGACGUCACCUAGCCAACCUGGAUGUUGCAUGUUUUGUUGAUGGUCUGUCAAUAUUUUUGCUUCCAGAUUAUGUUUAAAAAGAGAGAAUAUGUAUAGAUUUAUCGGAAAUGGUAUUCCGACUGUAUAAAGAUUAUGCUUGUAAAAUUGUCUUGUUUUUCAUUCAGUGUAAAAAUGGAGAAUCUAGCGUUCUGGUUUUGUGGUUGUACACAGGAUGUGUUGAGAUAUUAUUAUGCAAAUUGUGCUGUAAAAACCGGCUGUUUACCUAAAGUCUAAAGAAUAAAUAUAAAAAGAGAUUUAUUCCACAA